UUUGCCACUUUGCACAAUUUCUCAACUCUGUAAAAGAUUAAAAAUCAAAAUUGUGUCAGUUGCCUAAAUGCAUCGAGUUGACAUUGAUAAUGAGGGAGAUGGUGCGGAAAAGCCACCUCCACUUGCAGCAAGUGAGGGUGAGGAAUCGACCCAUGCGACUGUAAAAAAGAAUCAUAUCUCAAAGUUUUCUUUAGCCCGUGAUCUACUGUUGACAUACCAGAGUUUUGGUGUGGUAUAUGGGGAUUUGAGCAUUUCACCACUUUAUGUCUAUAAAAGUAUUUUUGAGGGAAAGUUGCAGAGCCAUCAACAUCCAGACGCAAUAUUUGGGGCGUUUUCAUUGAUCUUUUGGACACUAACAUUGAUGCCUUUGCUAAAGUAUGUGUUUCUGGUACUGAGUGUGGAUGAUAAUGGUGAAGGUGGGCCAUUUGCUCUAUAUUCUCUACUUUGUAGACAUGCAAAGUUUAGUCUUCUUCCUAAUCAACAAGCAGCUGAUGAGGAGCUAUCUGCCUACAAAUAUGGCCUCUCCAGGCAGUCUGCAUCAUCUUUGCCAUUCAAGAGAUUUCUUGAGAAGCAUAAAAGAUCGCGAACAUUUCUACUCCUAGUAGUAUUACUGGGGGCUUGCAUGGUCAUAGGUGAUGGUGUACUUACUCCUCCAAUGGCAGUUUUGUCAUCAAUUUCUGGGAUUCAGGCUGCUGCAGAAAAGCUGUCUAAUGGUGAAGUGCUAUUGAUUACUUGCAUUAUUUUGGUUGGGCUAUUUGCACUUCAGCAUUUUGGCACCCACAGGGUAGCUUUCUUGUUUGCCCCAAUAAUAAUAAUCUGGUUAGUAUCAAUGUUUGCACUUGGGCUGUACAACACGAUAUUCUGGAAUCCCGAAAUUGUCUCUGCUCUUUCUCCUCAUUAUAUCAUCAAGUUUUUUCGGGUAACUGGAAGAGAUGGUUGGAUUUCACUUGGAGGUGUCCUGCUAUCGGUAGCAGGUACUGAAGCUAUGUUCGCAAACCUUGGCCAUUUCACUGCCUUCUCAAUGCGGCUUGCAUUUGUAUUUGGUGUAUAUCCUUGUUUAGUGGUGCAAUACAUGGGUCAGGCUGCUUUUCUGUCCAAAAACAUUGCUUCUAUUCCAAAUUCUUUCUACGGGACUGUACCUGGCAGUGUAUAUUGGCCUGUUUUUGUUAUAGCUACCCUUGCAGCUAUUGUUGGCAGCCAAUCUAUUAUCACAGCUACUUUCUCUAUUGUCAGUCAGUGUAAUGCGCUUGGUUGCUUCCCACGGGUCAAGAUUGUCCACACCUCAAACCAUAUUUAUGGGCAGAUAUAUAUCCCAGAAAUAAAUUGGAUCCUAAUGAUUCUGACUUUGGCAGUUGCAAUUGGUUUCCAGAAUACAACUUUAAUUGGGAAUGCAUAUGGCCUAGCAUGCAUGACUGUGAUGUUUAUCACGACAUUUCUCAUGUCACUUAUCAUGGUCUUUGUCUGGCAAAGAAGCAUCGCACUUGCCAGUACUUUUCUCCUCUUCUUUUGGGUUAUAGAAGGUGUUUACCUGUCAGCAUCAUUAAUGAAAUUCCCACAAGGUGGAUGGGUCUCCGUUGCGCUCUCUCUUGUAUUCUUGUUAGUCAUGUUUGUUUGGCACUACGGAUCCCGAAGGAGGUACAACUAUGAUCUUCACAACAAAGUUCCUCUAAAAUGGCUCCUCGGCUUGGGGCCCAGCCUUGGCAUUGUCCGUGUGCCAGGAAUAGGCCUGAUAUAUUCGGAAUUGGCAACAGGAGUUCCUUCUGUUUUCUCACACUUCGUGACAAAUCUCCCCGCAUUUCAUAGCGUUUUGGUAUUUGCGUGUGUAAAGUCCGUUCCUGUUCCCCAUGUUCCACCCGAGGAGCGUUUCCUUAUUGGCCGUAUUUGCCCAAGACCCUAUCGCAUGUACCGGUGCAUUGUCAGAUACGGGUACAAGGACAUACGCAGAGAUGAUGGGAACUUCGAAGACCUGCUGAUCCAAAGUAUAGCGGAGUUCAUCCAAAUGGAAGCCGUCGAGCCACUGCUAUCGAGUUCUGAGAGUUUCUACGGGAGAAUGGCGGUUGUAAGUACCAGGACUCUACAGUCAAGCUCAAGUCUAAUAAUAUCUACAGAAGAAGACUUCGAUACGAAUCAUUCCACUCAAAACAGUAAAUCUACUACUCUCCAGAAUCUAAGAUCUUCUUUUGCCGAUGAGAACAAGCAAAUCAGGAGACGCGGGGUAAGGUUCCGGGUAGCAGAAAGCCCCGCAAUGGAUCCAGCAGUGAGGGAAGAGCUUGUAGACUUGAUUGAGGCAAAGGAAGCAGGGGUGGCAUACAUAAUGGGACACUCUUAUGUGAAGGCAAGGAGGUCAUCCUCAUUCUUGAAAAAGAUUGCUAUUGAUAUUGCAUAUUCAUUUCUUAGGAGGAAUUGCAGGGCUCCUUCUGUGGCCCUCAACAUUCCCCACAUAAGCCUCAUUGAAGUUGGUAUGAUAUAUUAUGUAUGAUGAAUUGAUGAGGGGUAAGGUAAGGUUGCUGCUUAUGUUCAUGCCUAUUAACAAGUGCAUUUA